AUGGUUCUCCUCAUUCAUUAUCCUCUUUUUUUGUUUGGUCCUCGUCUUCAAAUCACCAUCACCGCCAGCUGCCAUGGCCGCUGGCCAUUGCUGUCAUCGUCGACUACCUGCCACCUUGCUGUGGUGGCAGUGGAUUUUUCUUCAAAGUUUACUCGCGCAAAGUUCGAGGAGGUUAACGUGGAUUUGUUCAACAAGUGUAUGGAACCUGUGGAACAGUGUUUGAGGGAUGCGAAUAUGAACAAGGAUAGGGUUGAUGAAGUGGUUCUGGUUGGUGGAUCAACCAGGAUUCCUAAGGUACAACAGUUGUUGCAAGAGUUGUUCAACGGAAAGUCACUUUGCCAAAAUAUAAAAUCCUGA